AUGGCUUCCUCUCCCGAUGGGAUUCGUCUGUACGAGGAUGAUCAAGAAGGCCUUCUUGCGUCAAUAGUCAUGGCAAAUGACAUAGUAAACUUGCAUUGUUAUGUUCAAGACUGUGGCCCGCCAUUAUUCUGUGAGCCUCCAGAGCGUGAGGACGACUAUUUUUUCAUGGCUACCGUGAAUGGCAGCACCGAUACCCUUCGCGUCCUCCCAGAGAUUUAUCAAUCCGACCCCCGCCAAAAAGAGCCGCUCAGAUCUCGACUUGAGCGUCGAAACAUUCGACUUCUGAAUCUAGCUUCCGUGUUAGACGCGCUCAAGUUCAUCGAAGAGGCCCCCAUUCAGAGACACGUUUCAGCUGUUAGCCAAGAAACUAUUGAAGAUUUUGUAUGCAGUCUGCUAGACAGAGGCGCUUCAGUCCGAGCUACCAAUGAACACCUUUCACCAACUCAACGACCUACAGUGCUAGGUGUAGCGGCAGCUCUGGGGAGCUACAACCUAACAUGUCGACUCAUUGCCGAUAGACCUGAUCUUCAUGGAAAAGAGACAUGGCAUGAGAUAGCCACAGGCUCUAUUGACAAUGUGACCGCGCUACACAUAGCUAGCGGAUCCUGGAACCUAGCUUUCGUUCAAGCUUUGCUUGAAAAAUAUGGUUCUGAUGAGCUUGCGCAGGCUGCAACGGCACCUGACAGUAGAGGUCGACUUCCCGUUCACUGGGCUUUGCUUAAUCUCGAUCACACGUUCAAUAAACCGUCGGACGAGCAAACCAUCUCGACAGGUACCUCACAGGGAGCAGCUUUGAACUUCCUCGCAAAUGGGUAUGUCAGGGGUGCUGGAAGUCUGGCCCUCAUGAAAGUUCUCCUCCGCCUUAACCCAAACAUUAAAAUUGUCAACUCACAAGAUCAAUCAGGUGCAACUGCUCUCUUAAAGGUAUUAUCUUACCAUGAGACGCGCAAUGUCGUUUGUAAAAGUUCUACUAUGCCAUUAGUCGAGCUUCUCCUCGCUAAUGGGGCCGACAGGACGGCCUAUGACAAGAAAGGUCAAACCGCGCUACACAAGCUAGCUACUAGCCCGUCGUACGACGACCCAAUCAGUCCUGAUCUGCUUGAGAUGUUUAUUUCGUUCGUUGAUAUAAAUAGAGAAUGGAUGGACGGCCCUUCACUGGAUGGCAAGAAAUCUGCGGCAAGUCGGGGCGUCUCGUUUACUAGUCCAUCGGGGCUCAUAAGGAAAGAGAAGGCAGAUGGAACCCUUGAUUACCCAACCCUUGCAGAGAAGAUCCAUGCUCUCGACGAGAUCGUCUCGGUAUUACGAGAAGCCGGCGCCUCAAUGGAUCAGCUUAAUUUGGCACGCCAGACGCCCGCGCAGCUACAAGAGCAAGAGCAAAAGCUGGCAAGAUGGGAGAGAGGUGGUGAAUAG